AUUGUUUAACUGUAAGAAAGGCUUUGACAGAGAUAGUUCAGUCUAGUAAACAUCAUGUGUCUCUGCAAAUUAGGAAGUGCAUAGAAAGUGCAACUCAGGUCAGCAGAAGUCCAAAAGCAUUAAAAUGUCAAUUUUAAGAGGAAGUAUAAAUAUUGAGACAACCUAGAAGGGCUUUAAGCUUUGGGAAAGAAAUUUACUGUGAUCAUUGCUCCCAAGAUCUUGUAAAAUUAUUGAACGUAUUAUCUUGAUGUUUAAACAAAAUACUUAGAAGACAAGAAUGUUGUCAUUCAGAAUUUUUUCCACAACAAACAUUACUUGUCAAACAUAUAAUUAAUGAGAAAUGCUGAUCAAGAAUAGCAACUUAUUAACUUUUCCAAAUUCAUCUGUAUGAUUUUAACCAUUUGAAUUAUUUGACCUGAAAUAAUGAUGUAGUUUGCUAUGCAAUGUUAGAGUCAAAUUACUGCUGAAUGUUAAGCUGUAAGCAGAGCAGCUAAUAACUCAUUGAAAAGGAAUCACUUCUGCAAUUGAAACUGCAAACAAUUAUUCAGUAACAUUUCUUUGACUGACUUCAACUUUGACUCCUAAGCUUUUUUCCUCAUACUGUUUAUGGGUCUUAACUGUAACAUCCCUCUUAUGCUAGACAUCAAGUUUAUCACUUUAAAAAGUUUUUUUGUGAUUUAAUACCCAUACUAAACUAUUGUUGGCUCUUAGGAAGAGUCUUAAUAAACAACACUAAUCCCAUCUACUCAAUAAAACAAUGGCAACAGAUUACAAGCAAUGUCAGUAAAUAAAUACAACAAUAAUUGAAUUAUAUGAUGUGUGAGCUUAUAUAUAUAAAUAGUAAUAAAAAUAGAUGUAAAGAAAAUGUGAAGUGGUGCUUACCGUGGCAAAACGUUUUACAAAAAUGUUAACCUGACUCAAAAGGUCCCACCCAGAUGUCUCUACAAUGUUCUGAUGCGGAGAUAUAAGCUUUGUUUAUUCCUUUGCUACGGUACCUCUGUUUGGUUGCUAGGGAGUGAAUUGACUCCACCAGUGAUUAUACUCCAAGCCACAAGUAAAAAGACCCAACCCCCCUUAUGUUCCUUUAGAACAAUUGUCAAAGUGAAAGUGAAAUUGCUUCCCAUUUCUGAUAAAGCUCCUCAACAAACAGGCACAGAAGAUGGGAGAGAUAAUGGAAUCCAUUGAAAGACGAUUUGAGGAAAAUCUUAACAAAAGAAAACUGAAGGAAACGAGCAUUGAUAAAUGUGAUGUCAUAGUGGUUUUAUGCCCCAUUGUUUCUCGUGCUGGAACAGACAUAAGUGCUGCACUGAAUCAACUUGAUAAUGUUAAAAAACAAGUCAUCCUGGUGGUGCUCCAUCACACGUUUGAGAAAGAUAAAACUAUACCAGACAGCAACACUGCUGUAGACAGGGAGAAAACAUUCGUAGUGCACUGUCUGUUCAAUGAGGAUGAGGGAUUACUGCAAUGUCAGAGGAAUGAAGAUGCUUUUGAAAAAACUGGAAAAUACUUAUUAGAGGUGAAAACCUCAUAUGCAUAUUUUAAAGAUCAGGCUGCUGACAUUAAUCUAUUAAAUCAUGAGGGUUCCAAGCCAGACGAGGCCUCAAGAGAAGGCGGCUAUCAGGGCUCUUAUAUGUGUUUUUUUCGUUGCUGUGCCCUUCUUUUUCAUUACUGUGCCCCUCUUUUUCGUUGCUGUGCCACUCUUUUUCGUUGCUGUGCCACUCUUUUUCGUUGCUGUGCCACUCUUUUUCAUUGCUGUGCCACUCCUUUUCGUUGCUGUGACACUCCUUUUCAUUGCUGUGACACUCCUUUUCGUUGCUGUGCCACUCCUUUUCGUUGCUGUGACACUCCUUUUCGUUGCUGUGACACUCCUUUUCGUUGCUGUGACACUCCUUUUCGUUGCUGUGCCACUCCUUUUCAUUGCUGUGACAUUUCUUUUUUAUGCUGUGCCACUCCUUUUCGUUGCUGUGCCACUCAUUUUUGUUGCUGUGCCACUCCUAUUUAAUCAAAUUCUAAUAAUAUCUAUUAUUAUACCAUGGUUCUAUAAAAAAAUCUUUUGUUUUGAAAUAUUAAAAAACAAACAUGUCAUAUCUACAAAUGAUGUUAGAUCCUAAAACUAUGUUUUUGUCUUGUUUCUCUAAAUGAAUAUAUAUAAAUGAACCAUAAAAUUAUAGAAACAGAGAUCUUAAUAAAUAAAGACUAUUUUCAGGCUAUUGUUUAAUCCCACAAUGAAGGUUUAAAUUGUUGCGUAAAAUAAUAAGAUGCAAUUGUCCUACCUUAUGAAAAAUUAUUUAAUUUACAGUUUUUACCAAUUGCUUACACACGUUUUCAAAACUAAGUCUCCUUUUUUCAAAACUCUACACACAAAUCUCAAAACUGCACACACAAAAUGCAAAAUAGCACAUAUCUCCUUCAAAAUGCAACACUGCAUUCAAAAUGCCACAAACACGUGUCAAAAUGAAGCAUUUGCAUCAAAUGGCAAACAUUUCUUUCAAAAUAAUACAUUUUUGGAUAUACCAUGUAAACACUGCUGUUCAAAAUCUAAAGCUCUUUGGUCUUUCAUGGGCUUAUAUCUACAUUUCAAUACAAUGUUCUACAGUGAAAGUAAUCUGCCGAGAGGGGUAAAAAGUACACCGGAGACGCCAAUGCAAUGUAGAAACAGAAAAUAUUUAUUAGUCCAAAUAUUACUGUUGUAUACAUUAGCAUACAACAAAACUAUAAACAUGUAAACCAAAAGUAUAUUCUUUACAGUAGAAUACAGUAAAUUGUGUGUGGGGUCCUGUUCCAGGAAUUGGCAGGGGGGUGCAGAUUGACAAAACAGUGACCUUUGACCUAUUUAUAGGCAUAUCUAUACUACUGUAAAGUAAAGCAGUGAUUGGUUAGUGAUCAGUAAAGCAUUUAGUGUUUGCACAUGUGAGGAGUGUGUCUGUGUGACCUGGUGAAUGAGUGUAGCAUUUUGAUUGGUUGUGUUUGGAAAAGGAAAGCAAGUGACUUCCUCAUAGAUCUUUGUGUUUUAGGUAGAGAAUUGUGUGUAGUGUUUUGAAAAAAGUGUUUUAUGAAAUUGAAAACUGAGUCAAAGGCUGAGAAAUAGCUUAUGGUUUUGAAGAUUUGGCAUGUAGUUUUGCACUUUGAGUGAGAGGUUUUGAAAACCGUGUGACAUGAAAAGAUUUUGUGUGUAACCAAUCGUAAAAAACUGUAAUAUGUACCCCUUCUUAGUUAUGAUUAGAGCACCAGUAAACAAACUGUAAGAAUGAUUAUUACAGUUUUUCUGAAUUGCUAAAACACUAAACCCCAAUCUCUGAACCAAAUUCAUUGUGGCCUAAACCCAUUUGUCAAAUCAUGCACUCUUUUUGCAAAACACUAAACACAAACUUCUCACUAAAACACACAUUUCACACUGCAAUGCACUUGUUUUAAAUAUGCUAAAACAGGUAGGCAAAAGUUGAACACAACUACAACAUCGUUAUCAUCGAGUAAACACAACAACUCAAAAUUCUACACACUUUUAUCUAAUGGUAUUUUUUACCAAUUGUGUGGAUUGGAAACAGUCUGAGCGGCAGAUGAAGAGUAUGAGGAAGAAAAGGACACCAGAGACGAUGCUGCUGUAAGUGCUGCUUACAGUAAUAUUGAAAACUUACUAUUACUUGCAGUACUUACAGUAAAGUAUUCACUAUAUUCACUGAAUUAAACUUGUGAUUACAGUAAUAGAGAUUUUUAACAGUAUUUGUCAAGUGUGUUGUUAUGAACAAUAAACAUGUAUUUUU